UUGAUCUUUGAUCGAUACGUCACUUGACAGCCGCCCGAUUGCAGUCAACCACCACGCUCCGACCCACGAGCUUGGCCCAUACCGCACAGCUUGACCGAUCUCCGGACACCGAUAUUGCAUUUCCUUUUCGAUUGAUGACAACGAUGGCCGUGUCGCGCAUUGCGGCAUGUCGGGCUGUCAAUAGCCUGGGACUUCGCCAGAUCGCAAGGUUGACCGGAACGUCCACAGCAGCUUUACGAGCAAGUACACCUCGGAAUGCCUCGUAUGUGUGCAGAUAUACCCAAUUGAGACGCCAGAGCACUUCGAACCCUUCCUAUAAUGGCUCUAAGAAGAACGAUGUCUCUCUUCCGCCACCGCCACCGCCGCCACCUUCCGCAAGUCAGCUAUUGAGGGCGAUAUCCUUUCGCUCGCUGUUGACUUCCUUGACGCCGAGGGGUAUCAAGAGGAUGUUCAGAGAAAGUCCAGAAGAGCUUGUGCUAGCGCUAGCAAUUCUUGCUGGCUUGGCAGGUGUCUCCAUAUACAUCGUCAAGUUGUACUUUGACUACUUCAUGGCCCGUCAGUUCACCAAGUAUCCCAAGCCCAUCGCCAAAUCUCUUCGCCGUGCUCUUUAUUACACAAAUAUCAGUCCCGAUCCGAACCUCGCGAGGAAAUACUACAAGCAAGCACUGGAGCAGUGCAAUGAGCUCCAGCUAGACCCGUUCUCGGAUGAUGUUCUGGGCAUUAGGAUUCAGACCGCGGCAUGGCUCGAAAAGAUUGAAAACUACCAAGGAGCCAUUACUGUUCUGGAUUCUGUGCUUAGGGACUGCCUCAAGUGGGUAGAAUGGAUGGAGAACUCAAUCGCAGAUGGAACAGUAGACAAGUCAGGAAAGCCGCCUGCCGCGAAGCCUCUGUCGGAAAAUCAACGACUCGCAGUUCCGGAGAAUGGCGAGGAGAAGGUUGUCGAGAACCUGUGGCAUAAGCGCACUCGGCUUCUGGCCAAAGCCGUCGGAACUAGCACUAAGCUUGGUGCCCUUUACUCGGACGAGCAUGUUAUGGAGCCAGAAAAUUCUCUGGCCCGACUUACGUGGGCCGUUGAAACAGCACUGACAGAGUCAAAAAGACGCCACAAGGAAGGUGUUAAGAAGGAUGAAGGUUCUUGGAUGAGCCCAGAAGAAAUUGGCGGUGCCAUGGAGUCCCUCGCCCAACACUACGAGACUAAAUCCCAGUUUCAUCUGGCGGUACCUCUCUUGUUCCAGGCAUUAAGACUUUGUGCUAGCCCUUGUCACCGAGUAACUAUCAUGAACAAUCUGGCUGCAGCAUUUGCCCAGCAUCCCCUUCAGACCCCGCUGGACGCCAUUCCCAACGCGCCUGCCACCUCCGACGCAAUGUUCAGUCCCGACAUGCCGACAGACCGAGCCGGACUCUUGGAGGCUGCGAAGAACUGGGCUAGCAAUGCUUACUCACACUCAAAGGAUGUCAAGGGAGAGGACCGAACUGAAGAGUGUGACGAAGCUUGCGCCGUAGCAUUAACCAACAUGGGUGACAUAGCUGCCCUACUAGGAAAGAAGGAGGACGCAAGAAAGCGUUUUCAGCAGGCAAUCGACAUGAGCAGGAAGAUUGGCUUCGGUCCCGGCAUCUCUCAGGGCGAAGCGGGACUUCAAAAACUCUAGGAUAAACGAGGUACGGCCAUUCAGACUGCUGAAUCGCCUCAGGGAUGUCUUCCUCGCCUCGCUUGAGGUAUUGCCGGGGCAAAUCGGGGCAUCAGGAUCCCAUGUCGGCGAGCAUAUGGACAUAUCAAAGAGACGAAAGCGAUGGUCCCCUCACGCCCGCAAAGACCCUGCAUAGGGCUAGGACUGGCCAACAGAGACUUGAAGCCGCUUCUGCUGCAUCCUUCUAUUGACGUGGACCUUUUCAAAUCGAUUGGCAUGGGUCCGCAGAUGUGAACCGAAAAUAGGUAGGCGAUGGGGUCUUAAUGCCUUCCUACGCCGUAUUAAAGGAUUCUUGAUUGGGGCACAUGGGGACGGAGAAAUACCUCAACGGUGGCCAGGAACCACGAGACCACAACUAGGUCGGAUUCAGCAUCAUUGCAUCCGGUGCAGGAAGUCCCGACUGUCAUAAUUGUUAGAGCCACCGCCCAUCUAGAAAGAUGGCA